AUGGAUGAAAUACCAACAAAAACGCGUCUUCAGAAGUCGAAAGAGAAGAAAUCGGGUAUUAAAACUAGUUUAAUCGAUGUAACUGCCGAUGAUGAACCAGAAGCAGAUGAAAAAGGAGAAAGUGAUAGUGAACAACCACUGAAGGAGAUGAAAAUGAAGGCAAAGCACGAUGAUGUGAAGAGAAAGGAAGUCUCUGUUUUAACAUCAUUUUUACCUGCUAAUGAUGACAACCUAAGUGAUGGAAAAGGGGAAACUGAUGGUGACCAGCAACAAAAGGAGACGAGAACCAACGUAAAGCACGACGCUGCCAAGAAGAAAAAGAAAGUCUCUGAUCCUGAAACAACCACCCCAUCAAGGAAGUCGCAGAGAUUGAAAGAUCAGGUAUCACCUAGUUCACCUAAGCCUGAAGCAGAAAAGAAAACAAAGACUAAAAAGAAAGCUGAUUUUGAUCGGCAAGCUGAGGAGCAAUUAAUUGUGAACACUAGUGCAUCUAGAGUUCAGGCUGAUAAAGCUACUAAGCGAAAAAAGAAAGCAGAGAAAGCUGCACCAAAGGAAGUUUUGGAUGAUGAUACAAAGAAUGAGGAUGAUACAGAUGAUACACAGAGAAAGAUGCACCAAAGGAAGCUGUGUGAUUGGUUUGCUUCAAUGUUGAUUUGGUCUGUUUCAGUCAAGCAAGCUGUUGAUAAACAGAAGAAAAGAAAAGGAUGUGAACCCAAACAAUCAGAAGACCUGAAAAGGAAGAAGAAGGAGAAGCAAAUUGAAAGAUCCGAAAGUGAAGAAGAAGAUGAAGAAGAAGAACUUGUUCAACAAUGUGUCAUCUAUAAACCAGUUAAACCUAAAACCAAACCUGCAACUCAGGGAGGUACUUAUAGAGAAGGAUUUCUAAGGGUAAGUACCUUGUUCACAAAAAUAAAGGAAAAAGGUGGUUUUACUCCAAUGCAGGCUAGUAUGAUGAAUGCGAGUCCAUUUGGGAAAUUCUAUAACUGGUUAUCUACUGCGGACAUGUCAUUGUUGGAUGGUAAGAGCAGCCAGCUGAUGGAUGAGGUCCUUUUAUCAUAUAACCAUGAUGAUUUGAGUCAGCAUUAA